GGCUCCUGUCUCCCGGCCUGUCUGGAGCUCGGCAGCCGCAGAGGCGGCAGCGGCGGCGGCGCGGCGCAGGCACCGGCCCGGGGAGCGGCACCAUGAGCGGAUCACAGAACAAUGACAAAAGACAAUUUCUGCUGGAGCGACUGCUGGAUGCAGUGAAACAGUGCCAGAUCCGCUUUGGAGGCAGAAAGGAGAUCGCCUCGGAUUCCGACAGCAGGGUCACCUGUCUGUGUGCCCAGUUUGAAGCCGUCCUGCAGCAUGGCUUGAAGAGGAGUCGAGGAUUGGCACUCACAGCGGCAGCGAUCAAGCAGGCAGCGGGCUUUGCCAGCAAAACCGAAACAGAGCCCGUGUUCUGGUACUAUGUGAAGGAGGUCCUCAACAAGCACGAGCUGCAGCGCUUCUACUCCUUGCGCCACAUCGCCUCAGACGUGGGCCGGGGCCGCGCCUGGCUGCGCUGUGCCCUCAACGAACACUCCCUGGAGCGCUACCUGCACAUGCUUCUGGCCGACCGCUGCAGGCUCAGCACUUUUUAUGAAGACUGGUCUUUUGUGAUGGAUGAAGAGAGGUCCAGCAUGCUUCCUACAAUGGCGGCGGGUCUGAACUCCAUACUCUUUGCGAUUAACAUCGACAACAAGGAUUUGAACGGGCAGAGUAAGUUUGCUCCCACCGUUUCAGACCUCUUAAAGGAGUCAACACAGAAUGUGACCUCCUUGCUGAAGGAGUCCACGCAAGGAGUGAGCAGCCUGUUCAGGGAGAUCACAGCCUCCUCUGCCGUCUCCAUCCUCAUCAAACCUGAACAGGAGACGGACCCCUUGCCUGUCGUGUCCAGGAAUGUCAGUGCUGAUGCCAAAUGCAAAAAGGAGCGGAAGAAGAAAAAGAAAGUGACCAACAUUAUCUCAUUUGAUGAUGAGGAAGAUGAGCAGAACUCUGGGGACGUUUUUAAAAAGACACCUGGGGCAGGGGAGAGCUCCGAGGACAACUCUGACCGCUCCUCUGUCAAUAUCAUGUCCGCCUUUGAAAGCCCCUUCGGGCCAAAUUCCAAUGGAAGUCAGAGCAGCAACUCAUGGAAAAUUGAGUCCCUGUCUUUGAACGGGGAGUUUGGGUACCAGAAGCUUGAUGUGAAAAGCAUCGAUGAUGAAGAUGUGGAUGAAAAUGAAGAUGACGUGUAUGGAAACUCAUCAGGAAGGAAGCACAGGGGCCACUCGGAGUCGCCUGAGAAGCCACUGGAAGGGAACACCUGCCUCUCCCAGAUGCACAGCUGGGCUCCGCUGAAGGUGCUGCACAAUGACUCCGACAUCCUCUUCCCUGUCAGUGGCGUGGGCUCCUACAGCCCAGCAGAUGCUCCCCUUGGAAGCCUGGAGAACGGGACAGGACCAGAGGACCACGUUCUCCCGGAUCCUGGACUUCGGUACAGUGUGGAAGCCAGCUCUCCAGGCCACGGAAGUCCUCUGAGCAGCCUGUUACCUUCUGCCUCAGUGCCGGAGUCCAUGACAAUUAGUGAACUGCGCCAGGCCAUUGUGGCCAUGAUGAACAGGAAGGAUGAGCUGGAGGAGGAGAACAGAUCACUGCGAAACCUGCUCGACGGUGAGAUGGAGCACUCAGCCGCGCUCCGGCAAGAGGUGGACACCUUGAAAAGGAAGGUGGCUGAACAGGAGGAGCGGCAGGGCAUGAAGGUCCAGGCGCUGGCCAGCUAUCUUUGCGAUUUUGUGAGGAGAUUCUAACCCCACAUGAGAACCAUGCGGUGGAGAAAUGGAAGGAGAGAGACAUCAACAAUUCCUGAUAGUCUCAUUUGAGCUCCUGGAUCCAGUCUUUCCUGAAGCUGUCUUUCCUCUGGACUUUUCAUGUAUGUGAGCCAAUAAAUUGCUUUCAUUCCUUGAG